CUAUGGCACAGAAGGAGCAAAAACAAAAGCCACGUUGAUGUAGGGCAUCCUUCUCAAGUGCCACGCAGGGGCAGCACUUGGCACGGCAUGCAGGAAGGGACGGGUACAUAGCAAAGCCUGUCCCUAGAAGCUGCUGAGUCUUUCCAAGAGGGAUGAAAUCUGAAGAAGACCCUGAAGAUGGAGAAAGCAUGUCAGGAGAGCCAAGCUAAGAGAUGGCUGGCCAAGAUGAAAGCAGACGGGCAGCAAAAUUACAGGUUAUGAAGGGCAGCUGCCUUGGACUCUGGCUGGCCACUUCCCUUCUGGUAGCUGGGUGCCAGGUUCGUUGUUUGCUCUCGGCACCAAGGACUUGGGGACUCUAGGAUGAGUUGCUGGUUUUCCUGUGCCCUUAAAAACACAUUGACUACUGACUGGAACAAAUAUGAUGAUCGGUUGAUGAAAGCAGCUGAACGGGGCGAUGUGGAGAAGGUCUCGUCGGUCCUUGCCAAGAAGGGAGUGAACCCCACCAAAUUAGAUGUGGAAGGGAGAUCUGCGUUUCAUGUUGUAGCCUCAAAAGGGAAUCUCGAUUGUUUGAAUGCCAUUCUCAUACACGGGGUUGACAUUGUAGCAACUGAUGCGGCAGGAAGGAAUGCUCUACACCUUGCUGCGAAAUAUGGGCAUGCGCUCUGUCUGCAAAAACUGUUGCAGUACAACUGCCCUACAGAAAAUGUGGAUCUGCAGGGCCGCACUGCUCUUCAUGAUGCAGCGAUGUCAGAUUGUUCAUCCAGCAUCCAAUUGCUGUGUGACCAUGGAGCCUUGGUGAAUGCUAGAGAUGCAGACGGAAGGACGCCACUGGUGCUGGCCACUCAGAUGUGCCGUCCAACCAUAUGUCAGCUUCUGCUAGACAGGGGUGCUGAGGUCAACGCAAGAGACAAACAGAAUCGGACUGCCCUAAUGUUAGGCUGUGAAUAUGGCUGCAAGGAUGCUGUGGAGGUCUUGCUCAAAAAUUGUGCAGAUGUCACUUUGGUUGAUGCCCUUGGCCAUGACUGCUCCUACUAUGCCCGGAUUGGUGAUAGUGUUGACAUCUUGGCUGUCAUAAAGGCUGCCAUUGAGGAAUCCAACAAAGCAAGUUACGAAGUUAUGAAGAAAGGACAGCCCGUACUAAAGGUGACCAACAUGCUGCCAAAAUGGAGUCAACCGGGUAUGUUGGAGGAAACAAGCUUCAAGCCGUAUCAGAAGGAACAAUGGAAUGUCCAGGAAUUGGAAAGAGAGAAUGAAGACUUGAAAGGCAGGUUGAGGGAAAUCCAACAGGAACACAGAAUCCUACUGGAGAGAAUAAAUGGUCUGCAGCUACAACUGAAUGAGGAGCAAAUGGCUGCUGAUGAUCUUGAAAGUGAGAAGGAUGAGCUCAGGAGGCUUCUUUCUGCAAAGGAGAAGCAUCAGGAGGAAAGCUUGCGGGUGCUUGAAGCUCUGAAGGCAAAGCUGAGAUCCUACGAGGGUGACCACGUAGGAUCUGGAAGCAGUUUUGGUAACAGGAAAGAAGAUGUUCUCCUUAAGCAGGGCUCAGCGUAUUCUGCAGAACAACAGCAUGCACCUACUUCAGUGACAGUUAUGCUGCAGAGCAGAUCCAUGGUGAGGCCCUUGGAGCUGUUGAGCCCAAGUCAGUCUCCUGCCUCUGAGGCCGAAGCUCUUAAGCGUGAGCUGAGCAACGUCAGGAGCUGCUACGAGGCAGCCAGAGCUGACAUUGGCAAACUCCAGCUGGAGCUGUCCCACAAAGCGGCUGAGUGCAAAGCGCUGGUGUCUGAGUGUGAGAGGGCAAAGCUGGAGUCUGACCAGCAGGUAAAGCAGCUGGAAGAUGCCUUGAAGGACGUGCAGAAGAGGAUGUUUGACUCUGAAGGGAAAGUAAAGCAAAUGCAGACCCAUUUCCUUGCCUUGAAGGAUCACCUGACAAGCGAAGCAGCUGUGGGCCAUGGCAAGAUGGUGGAGGAGCUGAAGGAUCAGCUGAAAGAAACCAAGGCCAAGUACGAGGGGGCCUCGGCCGAAGUGGGCAAGCUGAGGAACCAGCUGAAGCAGAACGAGCUGCUGGUCGAAGAGUUUAGGAGGGACGAGGCGAGGAUGCAGAGGGAGCUGGGGAUGUUGAAGGUGGAGCGCGAGAAGAGAGAGAGGAGGGCCUCUGAGGUGGAAGGCCAGCUGAAGGAGACGGCUGCAAAGCUGGCCGAGAAGUUUGAAAAGAUGGAGAGUUCGCUCUCCGGUGAAGUGGAGGAAAAGGCCUGGAAGUUAGCAGAGAUGGAGAAAGAGCGCGAGGAACUGCUCUCUGAAGCUCAGCGACUAAGGGGGGAACUUGAAGGCCAGAGAGCUCAGUUUGCCCAGUACGUGAGGCCAGAGGAGCACAAGCACGUGAAAAGCCGGUAUGAGCAGAGGAGCAGAGAGCUGGAGAGAGCGCACGCGGAGCUGAAGCAGAAAAACCAGGCCUUGCAGAAGGAGAUUGACAGGGUCAGCGUGGACAACAGCUUCCUGAAGCAGCAAAAGGACACGCUCAGGAGUGAGAUGAAAAGCCAGUAUGUGCCUUUGAAGGUCAGUGAAGAGAUGAAGAAAGCAAGUGACUUAACGGUUGGGGAGCUGAACAAGAAGCUGGCAGAAGUCACCAAAAAGUAUCACAAGUACAGAGCGGAAGUGGAGAAGCUGAUGGGGGAAAAGAGCUGCUUAAAGGAGACGGUCAGCCAACUUCAGGCCGCUUAUGUCCCUCCAGAGAAGCAUGAGAAGGAAACGAGAGCCUUAAAGUCCACCGUGGCUGACCUGAAAAGGCAGCUUGCUGAGCUUAGCCAAAAAUGCGAGGAGCAACAAGCCACGGCCUCUGAGCUUGUGUCCAAACACGUUACUCUCCAAGAGGCCCUGAAGGAGCAGUAUGUCCCAGUUGCCACUCAUGCGGACAUCAAAGCAGGGUUGAACAGCAUGCUGGCGAAGACUGGCCAAGAGUUGUCAGAGCUGAAGGGGAAAAUGGAAAGUGUCAAGGAAGAAUUGGUCAGAGUAAAUGACGAGAACGGGACCUUAAAGAGGAAGCUGAGGGUCCUGCAGGGCCAAAUGCAAGGUGAAUAUAUGAGCAGACGAGAGCACGAGGCAAAGGUUGCUGCUCUCAACAAGAACAUUCGGGAGCUCCAGGAAAGCAACUCAGAAAUGCUGGCAAAAUACCAGGGGAAGCAGGAGGAGAUGGCUCAGCUGCAUGCUGAGAUUGAAGCCCAGAAACAGGAGCUUGACAUGAUCCAGGAAUGUAUCAAGUCCAAAUAUGCCCCCCUUGCCAGUUUUGAAGAGAAGGAGCGCCGCUUUGAGGAGACGGCACAAGAGCUGCGGAGUGAGCUGCUGGCAGAGAGGGAGCAGCGCAAAGGAAGAGAGGAAGAAGUCAAGCAAUGCAGUCAGGACAACGAGAAGUUAAGGGCCGGCAUCCUGGCCAUCCAAAACGAUCUGCAGCAGAACUACAUCCUGGCAGAGAAAUCGCACGAAAUGGAGAGGAUGUUUGCGGCCAAGAUGGACGACCUGAACAAACAGCUGCGGGAGCUGCAGCAAAAGUUUGCCGAGAUCAAGUAUGAGAAGGAGAGGCUUCAAGAAGAGAGCGCCCGGCAGCGCUCCGAGGCGCAGGAUGCGCAGACCCGCCUCCAGGGCCAGUAUGUCCCAGUGGGACAGGUGGAAGCCCUAAAAAGGCAGCUUAGCUGCACCGUCGAGGAGCUGAGCACCAAGGCGGCGAGCUGCCAGCAAGAGCUGCGGAGAGCGCAAGAGCUGCAGGAGGAGCUAGCCGCUCUCAAAGCCUCCUCUGUGCCCUUGGCAGAGCACGCUCGCCUAAAGGAAGCGUUGGAAAGAGAAGCAGCAGCCGUGAAAUCCGCCUUGAGAGAGAAGGAGGGAGAAAGUCAAGCAAGAGCAGAUGAAAUCUCCAAGCUGCAGUCUGAAAUCCAGAGCUCCAAACAAGCCUUAAGGGAGCUGGAAGGCAGAGCUGUGGUUGGGAUGGCUGAGCACCAGGUUAUGAAGAGCAAGCUGGAAGGCCAAAUUGGCAGCAUGGCUGAGAAGCUGGCAGAACUGAAUCAGGAACUGGAGGUGAUGCGCAAAGAGGCUCAGCUGGCCCGGGCGGAGGAGCUCUCCAGCAAGGGUGAGAAGGAGUUGCUCCAGUCCAGAAGCUUCAGCAUUGAGCAGGAAAUCAAGGACCAGAAAGAGAGGUGUGACAAGUCUCUGAGCACAAUUGCGGAGCUGCAGAAAAGGAUCCAGGAGUCUGCAAAGCAAGUGGAAGCAAAAGAUAACAAGAUAACUGAGCUUCUUAAUGAUGUGGAGCGGCUAAAACAGGCCCUUAACGGUCUCUCUCAGCUUACGUACAACAGCGGCCUUCCUGCAAAGAGGCAGAACCAGCCGAUUGAAAUGCUGCAGACACAGGUGAAGACCCUUCAGCAGCAGCUGGCUGAUGCUGAGAGGCAGCACCAGGAGGUAAUCUCAAUAUAUCGGACGCACCUUCUUAGUGCUGUUCAGGGUCACAUGGAUGAAGAUGUUCAAGCCGCCUUACUCCAGAUCAUCCGCAUGCGGCAGGGGCUUGUUUGCUAGGGGGAAGGGGCAAAUGCUGUUGUCAGGGUCCUCAGACUGCAGUAGGUUGUGCUUAAGCUAUCAGGGCUUCAGAUAUGUUAGGUUUUUUGGCUGCAGCUACAAAAACCCUUCCUUCCUUCCUUCCUUCCUUCCUUCCUUCUGGAAAGACUCAUUUUUUUUAACAAAGCAAAAGGGCUAUUGUUUGCCUACUAAAAUUAUUAUUUGAUAGGUAAAUGUCUGUGGUUUAUAUUUAUUCGUAGUCAAAAUGAUGACAAAAGCAAAGUUCUUCUGAAUGUCGGAUUGACAACAAUACUGUAAAACAACAGAGAAGCCCCUUUUUGCUCUGUCCUACCCAAACAAAACUUAGUUCCCUUUGAUUGAACAAUGCAAAAUAUGAACCAAAGUGGGAGCCCUGAGCCAAGUCAGUGUGGCCAAAAUCUUGUACCCUUGCUUUUUUCAGAGUGGAUUUUUCAUGAUGGUAUGUUCCAGAGACUGUGUCAGGUUGACUGUAGCUUUAGCCAAGUCAGUCAAACUUCAGAAGGGCUGUGAGAGUCAAACUGUAUUGCUGUUGUGGCUUGGCUGGCCAAGUUACAUCACUUUAAGUCAUUUUGGGGAGGAGGAGGAGUGCCUUUUCUUUUUGCAAUAUUCAUGGAGGAAAAAUCCAUCAGACACAAACGGUUGUGUGUUUUUAUAAGAGAUAUUUUUUCACAAAUUCUUUGUUACUGGUUUACUUGUAGUUUCAGGAACAGCAGGACUGAGAGAGACAUGAAUGAAAAGCUAUUAUCUUAUCUUGAAAUGUAGCAGCCUAACAUUUGUUUUAGAGAAUUCUUCUUUUUGUUUUUAGGAGCAAACCUUUACUGCAGUAAAAAAAAAAAAAAAGCAUUUGGAAGAGUGUCAGGAAAAAAAUGACAAAAGAACGGAGGGGAAACAUUUGCAAAAAUGGUGGGAUGAACCCUCUGCCUCCUCAGGCCUUGGGCUUUCUAAGAGAACCUUGUGAUACUGUUAGCUUUUCCACCUGUACAUUUGGCCCAGCUGCCUUUUGAAAGCUGGGAGGUGAGGAGGGAGAAAUCGCUUCUUCUUAAAAAGGGCUGAGCUUGGAAAGAUGCAUGUGGCUGCUUGAACCUUGUGCCAAGAGAAGAGGCAGAUCUUCCUGGAAAGGGGACCCCUGGCGGCUGCAGCUUGGUCUCAUCGGAGCAAGUGAAUCUUCUGCCAGUGAAAAGUUAGCAACUCCUCCACUUGGACUGACAGCUAGCUGGCUAGCAUCACCCCGUCUCUCUCUCUCUCUCUCUCUCUCUGUCUCUCUCUCUGAGUGGCUGCCUGCACCCCCAGUCUUUCUUCCUAGGGAACAACCCUCAUGGGAAAGUGUUCUUGUGUAAAGCCCAUUCACUUUGAUGGGCCUGGGGAGGAUGAGUCCCCUGGUGGGGGUUGUGCCCUUAGGGAUUAGUAUCCAACUAGACAUACUCAUAGUUAACCCAUUGAACUCAAUGGACGUAAGUGAGUCAUGUCCACUGAUGCCAGUGGGUCUACUCUGAGUGCCCUUAGAUCUUUUCCUGCGUGCUGAAAAUGGGCCUAUUAUAUGUCACUUGAUAAGCCCUCCCAUGAGCUGGAUUUAACUGACAUUCAAUUUCAUAGCAGCAGCUUAAAAUGCUUUCUUCCAUUUUAAAUUCUAUUAUUUUGUAAAUGUAUUCACUACAGUGGCUUUUAUUUAUGCAGGGAGAGGCAUAGGUAGGACCGGAAUUAACUUGGCUUAAGUGUUUAUAUGAAUAAACACUACAAGGCUUGAUAGUUUGUUUUAAGUGAAUGUGCAAUACUAAAAGCAGAAACAUUAAAUCCUGGAUUUCUGGAAGAAAAAAAAGCUUAAAUGGAAACAUUAAAAGGGCUGCUUGAAAAAUGACACUUCACCCAUCUCAGUGCGUGGAGCUGAGUUAAAUAAUCCUGGGAAUAAUUUCCAGGCAGAUGUGCUUGUUGUUUGCAAGCAGUUCAGGCAGAGUGUGCUUGGGCAGUCCCCCAGAGUGGUGCCAAAAUGCUACGUGGAUGAUAACCCACGUGAUUGCCCAGUGUUCCAUUCCCAGUGAGCAUCCAUUCCUGGAGGCAGCCCUUGCUAAGAGGUGCCCCUACACUACAUGUUGCACAAGCUUGAGAACUCGGUGCUACCAGCCAUGAAGCAACUUAAGCACAAUGAUCCUUCCAUCCAGAUUUGCAAAUACCGAACUCUUGACUCUUAACACGUUUAAUUGGUUUGCAAGCGUGAGCUGCUCUUUCUCGCGUUGGGAUUAUCUCCUUGUUGCACAGCUGGUUGUCUCCACUGAGAGGCCAAAGUGGCAUCACUGUCUGAAUCACGCUCCCAGGAAGGGCCUGCACAUUAUCUGGGCAGGAAGCAAGGCAGGACUUCAACAUCUGCAGAGGAGUUUAGUGAACACAUCCUGCUGUUCUGUUGGACACUGCCUCUUCCUGAAGAGGUCCUGUGAAGCACCAAUUCACCAAGUGGUCUUCAUGCUCUUUGCAGCAUUUUUUUUAAAUAACUGGACAGUAACUAAUUGGAUUUGAUAUCCUAAUCCUGACACUUUGGGUAUUGUAACUCUCCUUUUUUUUCUGGGAGGCAUUUUGUGUAUUUUUAUUCUUUCUCCCACACUACAUAUCAAUAAAGUUUUAUCUUCUGUGUUAUUGCA